AGCUCCCACAACAUCACAAACCCAUCACCUUCCUCCUCUCCUCUUCUUCUCCUUCCACCUCCUUCCAAGAACUAAUCGAGCAAGCAAAGGAAGUUAGCCAUUGCUUUGUUCCUCGCGUGAGGGACACCAAUGCACGCCCCGAGGAAGUUCAGGAAGGCCUUCAUGGCGCAGCUCCUGGUGAGCCUGCGGGCGGCCGGCCAGGCGUCCAAGUCCAUGGGCCUCCGGGAGCGCCGCGACGCCGUGCGGCUCUCCUCCGACGUGGCGAUGGCGCUGGCGUCCGCCCGCACCCGCUCGGCGCCGCGCUCGUCGGCGGCGUGGGCGCGCGCCCUCGUCGCCAGGCACGCGGUGGAGCGGCGCAACGAGGCGCUCAUGCGCCGCAUCAUGGGCGGCGCCGGCUACGAGAUGGCCGCGGCCGCGGCCGCCGCGGCGAGGAGCAGGAAGGAGGCGCGGAGCAGGAGGAUCGUGCGUAGGUCGCGCCGGGUGUGCAGCAGCAGCGCCGGGAGGAGGAGGACGGUCUCGCUGGCGGCGGCGGCGGCGAGCGGCGGGGCCGUGAGAUGCAGCGCAAUGGCGGCGGCCAGGAGGAUGGUGAAGGCGAGGCUGCGGGUGCUGAGGAGCCUGGUGCCGGGAGGGGAGGCGUUGCGUGGCCUCUCCCUGCUGAGCGAGACGCUGGACUACGUCGUGUGCCUGAAGACACAGGUGGAGCUCAUGCAAUGCCUGUGCAAAGGAUCCCGUCCCAAGCUGGGUUGAUGAGUCAGUGAUCUCAUCUCAGGGCAGCAGCAACUGCGAGUCUGCACAUCUGCAGACCUGCAUGAGAGGUGUGGGAGGAUUCAAUGAAAAAUCCUUCACCACCAGACUGCUCAUGCAUGCACAAAAAGCAAGGACCGCAACUGAAGCCGUCUGGAUGGGAGGGCUCCAAUCAGAGCUAUCGAUGUCUUAGGGAGCCAACUUACUACAGCCAGCUACUAGUACUAGUGGUACUACCGGUGUAACUAUUGUGCAAGUACAUGUCAGUGCCAAGAUGGGCCUUGGUUUAAUAGGUGUAUCUCCUAGCUGAGAGCUGUUAGGAUGAACAAAGCCAUUGUCCAUUUUGUGAAAGAAGUUUUGGUGUUAAGUAACUACCAAUUUUUUUUUCUUUUUGGUGGUUGAAAAAUCUAUGUGUGUGUGGAGUCUCCAAUCUUGACGAAAUGGGGAUCUUUUUGAAGGCUCUAUUUCUGUAUGUUGGCAUAUGACACGAUAUUAGUGGUCUGUAUGUACUGAAAAUAAAAAAGAUGGUGUUGGCAAAGCUAA